UUGGAACACAUUCCUUAGUCAAGUCUACCGUUGCCUUGGUUUCUUCCUCUAUAAACAUCAUCAAACUAUCUCUCCUUCAUCAAUUCCUCUCCUUUCUUCGCAUUUCAGAAGCUACUUCCAUGGCUACUGCACCAGCUUCCUGGCUUUUCCCUCUGCUUUUUCUAAGCUCUGUUUUCGCUUUCACUUCUCCAGCCACCAUCACCAUCCCCAUCUCCCCCUCUACCCACCACCACUCUUCCUCAGAUCCAUGGAAAAUCCUCAAUCACCUAGCUUCUCUAUCCCUUUCCAGAGCCCACCAUAUAAAGUUUCCCAAUACCAACGUCUCUCUCGUCAAGACCCCUCUUUUCUCUCGCAGCUAUGGUGGGUAUUCGAUGUCGUUGAGCUUCGGUACUCCGCCGCAGAUUGUCAAGUUCAUCAUGGACACUGGGAGUAGUCUUGUAUGGUUUCCCUGUACAUCCAGGUAUCUUUGCGCCGGAUGUAACUUUCCAAACACCGAUUUAACCAAAAUCCCCAAGUUUAUACCAAAGUUAUCAUCUUCUUCCAAGCUUGUUGGCUGUAAGAAUCCCAAAUGUGCUUGGGUUUUUGGAUCCAAUGUCCGGUCUAAAUGCCAGGGUUGUGGCCCCAGCAACCAGAACUGUACCGAGUCUUGUCCCCCGUAUAUAAUUCAGUACGGUUUAGGCUCCACAGCUGGGCUCUUACUGUUAGAAUCUCUUGAUUUCCCUAAUAAAACCAUAGCUGAUUUUCUGGUCGGCUGCUCCAUUCUCUCCACCCGCCAACCUGAAGGAAUUGCCGGGUUCGGUCGCAGCAUGGAGUCUCUUCCUCUACAAUUGGGACUCAAGAAAUUCUCUUACUGUUUGGUAUCUCGCCGCUUCGACAACACUCAGGUGAGCAGCGACCUUAUUCUGGAUAUGGGUUCGGAUUCCGGCGAUGCCAAGACCCCUGGCCUUAACUACACAAAGUUUGUAAAGAAUCCAGUGAGGUCAAACUCGGCAUUUCAAGAAUAUUACUACGUAAUACUGCAAAAAAUUGUAGUCGGCGACAAACAUGUUAAAGUUCCUUACAAUUUGUCGGUGCCGCAAUCCGACGGCAAUGGAGGGACUAUAGUGGACUCAGGCUCAACUUUCACGUUCAUGGAGGGGCCAGUUUUUGAGCUAGUAGCCAAAGCAUUGGAAAAGCAGAUGGCUAACUAUACAGUAGCCACUGACGUCCAGAAGCAGACCGGUUUAAGGCCGUGCUUCAAUAUUUCGGACGAGAAAUCAGUUAAUGUCCCGAAAUUUAUUUUUCAGUUUAAAGGUGGUGCUAAGAUGCAACUCCCUUUGGCAAAUUAUUUUGCAUUUGUUGAUAUGGGUGUCGUCUGUUUAACAAUUGUGAGUGACAAUGCGGCUGCUCUGGGUGGUCGUAGCGGCGGCGGACCGGCGAUUAUCUUGGGGAAUUUUCAGCAGCAGAAUUUUUAUAUGGAGUAUGAUUUGGAUAACGAAAGAUUCGGAUUUAAACAACAAAGUUGUGUGUGAGCUGGUUUUGUCUAUUCACUAAAUAAAUCACAUUAAUCAUAUCGGACAUCAUAAUUAGAGGGUUUUAAUGUUGUUUACAUUGACUCUGCAAUAAAGGGUUGAAGGAUAGAUUGCGGCGGCGACUGCGGCGGCAACGGUAACGUAGAAUGUUGAUAUAGUGGCCAUUGGCUGUGGCUGCAGCAAUUGGUAAAGGUGGCCAAAUAUUGAUCUAUGUUUUAUUUUUCCCUACAAUCAUUAUUGGAAAAGUUGAAUAUAUAAUUAUAGGUUUUUUAAGCAAA